UUACGCGCGCUCAGGGGGUGUGCAGCAGGACUGUAAAAUGGCGCAUUGUUGUUGCAGACGUACAUUUUAAAAGCUUUUUUGAGAGCUUAUGUAGUCAGCUAAAGCCUUAGCUGUUUUAUCAGUUUAUACUGUAAUGUAGAAUUACUGUAUUUCAUAUUGAACGGAGCGAUUUAGUCAAUUUGCGUGCAUUCUACUUGGACUAAGCUCGUAAAUCUAUCUACUAGCAUUAGCGGGCUAACAACACAACGCCGAUUUGAUCUGUUUUCGCAAAAGAAAUCUUAUCGUCUGCAAUCAUGGGUUAUUUGAAAUUGAUCGAGAUUGAGAAUUUUAAAUCCUACAAAGGAAGGCAGAUUAUAGGCCCUUUUCACAAAUUCACUGCGAUUAUUGGACCCAAUGGAUCUGGCAAGUCGAACCUUAUGGAUGCCAUCAGUUUUGUUCUUGCUGAGAAGACCAGUAACCUGCGUGUGAAAACCUUAAAAGACCUGAUCCACGGGGCGCCUGUGGGGAAGCCUGCUGCCAACAGAGCCUUCGUUAGCAUGGUGUAUCGCGAGGACAACGGAGAGGAGCGCACCUUCACCAGAGUAAUCAUCGGGUCCUCUUCAGAGUACCGGAUCAACAGCAAGGUGGUGGGGCUAGCAGAGUACAGCGAGGAGCUGGAGAAACUGGGCAUCCUAAUUAAAGCCAGGAACUUCCUGGUGUUCCAAGGAGCCGUGGAGUCCAUCGCCAUGAAGAACCCCAAGGAGCGUACGGCUCUGUUUGAGGAGAUCUCUCGGUCAGGUGAACUGGCUCAGGAGUACGACCGCAGGAAGAAGGAGAUGGUGAAGGCAGAGGAGGACACUCAGUUCAACUACCACCGCAAGAAGAACAUUGCCGCUGAGCGCAAAGAGGCCAAACAGGAGAAGGAGGAGGCUGAACGGUACCAGAGGCUGAAGGACGAGGUGGUGCGCGCCCACGUCCAGAUGCAGCUCUUUAAGCUCUACCACAACGAGGCCGAGAUCGAGAAGCUGAACCGCGAGCUGUCCCACCGCAACCGGGACAUAGACAAGGACCGCAAGAAGAUGGACCAUGUGGAGGAGGAGCUGAAGGAGAAGAAGAAGGAGCUGGGGAGGAUGAUGAGGGACCAGCAGACGGUGGAGAAGGAGAUCAAGGAGAAGGACUCCGAGCUAAACCAGAAGAGGCCUCAGUACAUCAAGGCCAAGGAGAACACCUCCCACAAGAUCAAGAAGCUGGAGGCGGCACGCAAGUCCCUGCAGAACGCCCAGAAGAUGUACAAGAAGCGCAAGGCGGACAUGGAGGAGCUGGACAAGGAGAUGGGGGCGGUGGAGAUGACCAAGCAGGAGUUUGAGGAGCGCAUGGAGGAGGAGGCCCAGAGCCAGGGCCAGGAUCUUACCCUGGAGGAAAACCAGGUGAAGCAGUACCACCGUCUGAAGGAGGAGGCCAGCAAGAGAGCUGCCACCCUGGCCCAGGAGCUGGAGAAGUUCAACCGCGACCAGAAGGCCGACCAGGACCGUCUGGACCUGGAGGAGAGGAAGAAGGUCGAGACUGAGGCCAAGAUCAAGCAAAAGAUCCGUGAGAUUGAGGAGAACCAGAAGCGUAUUGAGAAGUUGGAGGACUACAUCUCUACCAGCAAGCAGUCUUUGGAUGAGCAGAAGCGCAUGGAGGAGGAGCUGACUGAGGAAGUGGAGAUGGCCAAGAGAAGGAUCGACGAGAUCAACACGGAGCUCAACCAGGUUAUGGAGCAACUAGGAGACGCCAGAAUCGACAGGCAGGAGAACAGCCGGCAGCAGCGCAAGGCCGAGAUCAUGGAGAGCAUCAAGAGACUGUACCCCGGAUCUGUGUACGGCCGCCUGAUCGACCUGUGCCAGCCCACCCAGAAGAAGUACCAGAUAGCCGUCACCAAGGUGUUGGGGAAGAACAUGGACGCCAUCAUCGUGGACUCUGAGAAGACGGGGCGAGACUGUAUCCAGUACAUCAAGGAGCAGAGAGGAGAGCCCGAGACCUUCCUGCCCCUGGACUACCUGGAGGUGAAGCCCACAGACGAGAAGCUCAGAGAGCUGCGUGGGGCCAAGCUGGUCAUCGACGUGAUCCGCUACGAGCCGCCGCACAUCAAGAAGGCCCUGCAGUACGCCUGCGGCAACGCGCUGGUGUGUGACAACGUGGAGGACGCGCGGCGCAUCGCCUUCGGAGGACCCUACAGACACAAGACGGUAGCUCUGGACGGCACUCUCUUCCAGAAGUCUGGUGUGAUCUCUGGUGGAGCCAGCGACCUGAAGGCCAAGGCCAGGCGCUGGGAUGAGAAGGCCGUGGACAAGCUCAAGGACAAGAAGGAGAAACUCACUGAGGAGCUCAAGGAGCAAAUGAAGGCCAAGAGGAAGGAGGCGGAGCUGCGUCAGGUGCAGUCCCAGGCCCACGGCCUCCAGAUGAGGCUCAAGUACUCCCAGAGUGACCUGGAGCAGACCAAGACACGCCACCUCUCCCUCAACAUGCAGGAGAAGUCCAAGCUGGAGAGCGAGCUGGCAAAUUUUGGGCCCAGGAUCAACGACAUCAAAAGGAUUAUUCAAUCCCGCGAAAAGGAAAUCACUGACCUCAGAGACCGCAUGAACCUGGUGGAGGACGAGGUGUUUAUCGAGUUCUGCAAGGAGAUCGGGGUGAGGAACAUCCGUGAGUUUGAGGAGGAGAAGGUCAAGAGGCAGAACGAGAUCGCCAAGAAGCGCCUGGAGUUUGAGACCCAGAAGACUCGUCUGGGCAUCCAGCUGGACUAUGAGAAGAACCAGCUGAAGGAGGACCAGGAGAAGGUCAUGAUGUGGGAGCAGACCGUCAAGAAGGACGAGAGUGAGAUCGAGAGGCUGAAGAAGGAGGAACACAGGCACAUGAAGAUCAUCGAUGAGACCAUGGCCCAGCUCCAGGACCUGAAGAACCAGCACCUCACCAAAAAAUCCGAGGUCAACGACAAGAACCACGAGAUGGAGGAGAUCCGCAAGAAGCUGGGUGGUGCCAACAAGGAGCUGACCCAGCUCCAGAAAGAGGUGACGGCCAUCGAGACCAAACUGGAGCAGAAGCGCAGCGACCGCCACAACCUCCUGCAGGCCUGCAAGAUGCAGGACAUCAGGCUGCCACUCCGCUCUGGCACCAUGGACGACAUCAGCCAGGGAGAGGGGACUCAGGCUGAGGAGUCGAGCAGCAGUCAGAGGACGUCCAGCACCGUGCUGGCUAAGGAGGCCCUCAUAGAGAUUGACUACAGCAUCCUGUCUGAAGACCUCAAGGACGCCCUGUCGGAAGACGAGAUCAAGGGGGAGAUGAACCAGCUGCAGCAGCGCCUCAACGAGCAGCAGAGCAUCCUGCAGAGGAUCAGCGCGCCCAACAUGAAGGCCAUGGAGAAGCUGGAGAGCGUCAGGGACAAGUUCCAGGAGACCAGCGAUGAGUUCGAGGCGGCCCGUAAGAGAGCUAAGAAGGCCAAGCAGGCGUUUGAGCAGAUCAAGAAAGAGCGAUUUGACCGAUUCAACGCCUGCUUCGAGUCGGUGGCCACCAAUAUUGACGAAAUCUACAAGUCCCUGUCACGUAACAGCAGUGCUCAGGCUUUCCUUGGGCCCGAGAACCCAGAAGAACCCUACCUGGAUGGUAUCAACUACAACUGUGUGGCCCCUGGCAAGAGGUUCAGGCCCAUGGACAACCUGUCUGGAGGGGAGAAGACCGUGGCAGCCCUGGCACUGCUCUUUGCUAUCCACAGCUACAAGCCUGCCCCCUUCUUUGUGCUGGAUGAGAUCGAUGCUGCCUUGGACAACACCAACAUUGGCAAGGUGGCCAACUACAUCAAAGACCAGUCAGUGAUGAACUUCCAGGCCAUUGUCAUCUCUCUGAAGGAGGAGUUUUACACAAAGGCAGACUCACUCAUUGGAGUCUACCCAGAGCAAGGAGACUGCGUCAUCAGUAAAGUGCUCACCUUUGACCUUUCUCAGUACCCAGACGCCAACCCCAACCCCAACGAGUAGGGUGCAUGUUCACAACCUCCAAACAUUGGCAUUUCCUUUGGAACCUUUCCAUAUAACUGCUGUCUGUGAAUUUCUAUAUUUUUUUGUUUUGUUAGUGUAUCACAGAAUCAUGUAUUCAUUAGCUCAAAUGUCAUCAUAUUUUCUAAUUAUCUGCGUUUUUUUAUGUUAGAAUAGAUUUAGGACUUUUUUUCUAGAUGGGAUGGGAAGGAGAGGGUUGGGAUGAUACAAGCUCAACUAUUGCUUUUUUGUAGGUGACAAUAUGAAUAAAUGUGCAUUUAUACAAUUAAAUUGUUGUGAAUUUUGAAUAUAAUGAUUCCUUCAGGAUAUCCCAGUUUGUAUCAUGGUUACUUGUUUGUGGAAACAAACAUUGUUUUGUAAUGUAUCAUGCUUCUCAAUUGCUUAACAGAACCUGCUUUUUGUUUCAUAUGAAACUUGUUAUUUUGGGGUUUCGCACCAACUAUUGUUUUAAUCUUUUCCCUUUUCAAACUCAAUGUAUUUUGUGUUGAAGGUCAAUGCAUUUUUACCCUUGGAGCUUUUUCACACCAGCAAUGUUUAACUGCAUCCAAGCUCUUUGUCUGACAGGUUAAAAACUGUGGAAACAUUACUAUGUGAUGUCACCUUUUCGAUGUAGGUCAUUGUAUGAGAUCACAGAUUACUGACCACAUAAUGAUCGGCCACAUAACCUUUCACAAGAGACAUGUCUGAGUGAUGUUAAGGGUACCGAUUAGGUCCUCUGCAUUUGUCACAAGAUGGCCUUGGUCCCCAGUGAACUGAAGUUACAGCAGUCCUCUAUUUGACAUGUCUACUCCACUGUAUUGAUUUAUUUCAUUUAAUAAAGCAUUUUAGCUGUU